GACCCGAGGAGGAGGUACUUCCGUCAUCGCUUGGACAGAAAAUAACUCUUGAUACGAUUGGGUCAGAACAAAAUCGACGGCGAUACUUUAGUUGUUAAACAGCAGGAAAUAAAUGUGACAUCAAAGGUCUUGGAUAGUAUGAGGAUAACGUAAGGUAUCUACGUAUUAAAAUUACGUCAUAAACCAUAGCAAUGGUGUUUAACACUUAUUGAAUCGUCAGUUAGUAUAGUUAAGAAGUGGUGAUGCAUUCAAGUGCACUUCCUAAACUGGUUUGACCACAUCAGAAAAUGGACGACAUAAACCUUCACUACCGCUUCCUGAACUGGAGGCGGCGGAUUCGGGAGAUUCGAGAAGUCCGAGCCGUGCGGUACCGGGAGCGGUUCAAGAAGAUCCAGAGGAACGGUGACGUGCUGCGAUAUCAUGGGAACUCGGAUGAGGUGGGCUGUUACGUCGCCCCCCGCCCAGUGUCUAAAGGAAACUGCUAUUUUGAGGUGACCAUCAUCGACACGGGGGUGAGGGGGAUGAUCGCCGUGGGCCUGGUGCCCCAGAACUACAAGCUGGAUCAUCAGCCCGGCUGGCUGCCCCAGUCGGUGGCCUACCACGCCGACGACGGCAAGCUCUACAACGGUAACACGGUAGGUCAGCAGUUUGGACCCAAGUGUAACCGUGGCGACAGGAUUGGCUGUGGAAUCUUCAUUGAUCCUCUCAGCGAUGGAAAGAUUACAGUGUUCUUCACCAAGAACGGCAAGGAGGUAGGUAAGGUGGAGGUGGGCCGCCCCCCCGAGGGGCUCUACCCCGCCCUGGGGAUGCACUCCCUGGGGGAGGAGGUGCAGCUGGACCUGCACGCCGAGUGGCGGAGGGAGGACGAGGACGGCAUGAUGAUCGUGGACAGCCACGAGGACGACUGGGGCCGCCUGCACGACGUCACGGCCACCGGCACGCUGCUGGAGUACCGGGGCAAGGGGAAGAGCAUGGUGGACGUGGGUCUGGCCCAGGCCCGCUGGCCCCUGGACACGCAGGCCCACUACUACGAGCUGGAGAUCAUGAGCGGCGGGGAGAAGUGCUACAUCGCCCUGGGGCUGGCGCGCAGGGACUACCCUAAGAACAGACACCCUGGGUGGAGCAGAGGAUCUAUCGCAUACCACGCUGACGACGGCAAGAUGUUCCACGGCAGUGGGGUGGGGGACCCCUUCGGACCCCGCUGCAACCAGGGGGACCUCAUGGGCUGUGGCAUCAUGUUCCCCAGGGACUACAACCAGGAAACAGGCGAUGACUCUGAGGACUGGGAGCCGGACACCCAGCCCAAGGACAGCCAGGUGCAGAACGACCUGUACGCCAACAACGAGGAGGACGAGGAGGAGGGGGACGAGGAAGGGGAGGGGGGCCAGAAGGUCACGGUGUUUUUCACGCGGAACGGGAAGCUGGUGGGCCGCAGGGAGGUGGUGCUGCCACCAGGGGGCUUCUACCCCACGGUGGGCAUGAUGAGCACGGGGGAGAAGGUCCGCGUGGAGCUACACCCCCUCAGCGGCUGACCCCCAGGGACCCACCCGGGCCCCCCCCCCUCAGCGGCUGACCGGCGAGCCCCCAGGGACCAUACCGGGACCCCCCCCCCCCCCCCUCAGUGGCUGACCAGGGGACCCCCAGGGCCGUCCCUGGGCCUCAGCACUCCUCCAGGAUCCUGCAGCCCCCUAGACCAGCUGGACCCCCCAGCUGAGCUCCACGGAGGACCACCGCACGUUCACUGCCAAGGUUUCUAUCGUCUGUCCCCACUGGGUCCUGGUCGACCAACACUAGCCGGGCCUGGAGCUCAGCGUCCACCUCCAACCAAUCCCCUCUGUGUGAACAAUCAGGAGGCUAACGAGCUCUGCUGUGAUUGGCUGGUUCUGGGGUCAGGUGUCAGUGUGGGAGUGUGGUAGCCAGAUGUUAAGAGAACUGAUCUCGGGUCAGCCCUGAGGGGGAAAGGGCUGCCCUGCAUCAGAGGGGGGUCUCUAUAGUUUACAAAGAUCAUAACACGACACAUGAAUGCUGUUCCAUAACAUAUCUCCAUGUUUUAAAUAUUGCUUGACCGCUAACUCCAAAAUAGUUUAUCGAAGGCGACAGAGAAAGGGGUGACACCACUUAUUUUUAUAUUUGGCUCUAAGAGAGUUGAACAAAAGUAGACCAUAAGAACCAUUUUAGACCUUACGACACCCUCAUCCUAUUGAAUAAAGAGAUUUGAUAUUUUAAACAUUAUACAGUAUGUUCAAGGGUUUCUGUUUAACUGUCUCCUGCUGCUGGUGACGGGCAUGAACAGGUGAAGCUCCCUGCUGGGAUGGAGUCUGCAGUCCGCAGUAACUCAGUGCUGAGGACAGAGUGGGCAACAUGCUGGCAGUGUUGUAGAGAGCGGCGCGCUGAAUGACAAUCAGUCUGCUGUUUUAUUUAUAUCACUUGAACAACAGCUAGAGCGCCAUCGGGAAAUGUUGGUUGCGUAACUAGAUUCUAGCAAACCUGAACACGGCGACAUUAGACUAGUGUUUCUGCUUGUUAGGGUUUCUGCUUGUUGUUCGGCGUGAAUUCACAGACCGGAAGUCUGUCCUGAAACCACGAGGCUCUGGAGCCUGACGCCGUCCAGAGACUCUUCCGGUAGUCUGAAGAACAUUACAGGUUAAAGACCGAUAUGCAUAAUAGCUUGUACCUCAGAAUCGUCUAAGCUGUGCCAGAGUACCCAAUAUAAAUUAUCAAACCAAAACUGCUACUUUAUAUAUUAAUUACUAUUAUACUAUUAAUAUAAUAUAAUUAACAAUUUCCAAAUGUGCCGGGUAUAUUUUGUAUCUGUUAAUGAUGAUAUGCCCCAGACCUCAUGAUAAGUACCCAUGAUGAAUACCCUUAAACCAUCUUGCCCUAUGGUCAAACCCAGUAUCAUUGAACCCAUUCAUCCCUAGGGCCAAACAGAACCAUUACACCCAUAUACUCCUCUGGUCAAACCCAGACCCAUUAAACCCAUCUAGCCCUCUGGUCAAACCGAGAGUCCUCCAGGCUGACUCCCCAUCAGACACCAGGCAGGGACUGGACUGAAUACCAAAGGUUGUUUUAAAAUGGCCACUUAAGCACUGCCAAUGAGCUCUGAAAAGUAUGUCUGCUUUUCACCUCAUCGAGACCCCAUACUCCAUCCUAAAGUGACCAGGGUGCUACAGCUCCCUGGUCAACAAAACAACCACCACAUUGACUGCGUGGUUAAUUCAGGCUUAAAGAGGACCAUCAUUUACUGGAAGCUGAAAGGCUGUGGGUUCGAUCCCCGGUGUCCCAGCCUGCCUGCUCCUCCAUGACCUUUAUCUGAAUGUCCUGGAGGUCACUAAGCAUCGGAAGAAUACAAAUCGGUAGAGGAAUCGGUCAUAAAGCGUCUGCUAAAUACAAAUCGAAUGAGGAAUUAAAGUGAAAUCGAAAUGAGCCUUACCGCAGGAAAGGAGGAACUGUCAGAAUAUUAGUUAUUAAUGAAGCCGAAGGAAUAUUUGGCUGUUAAAAAAAAAAAAGAGGCUUUUCCAAGCAAGUGAUGCAAUAUGCUUUACAUAGUCAGCACUUUAAAAUGCAAAACAUUAAUGUUUGUACUUCUAUAGAGCUGAAUAUUAAUGGGCCAAUAUAAAGCUUGUUUAUUUAGGAGAAACAACACUUAUGUCCGUGUUCAGACACGUCAGUGAUACAGUUUGAAUACUUCUGUCUUCUUCUCAUUGUUCCAGUGUGUGCAUGUAUCUUUUCUAUUUAAUAGACUGAUAAUGUUCUAUUUUGAGUACUAAAACGGACGAUGUACAUAACGCAAAGUCCGUUCUGUCUCCUGGGGUUGAAUCUCAGAUCAAUCCUGGUUCUUCAGUCGGAGACUAAAGCGUUCACUGUUUUAAUGCCAAAUCAUUUUUUAAUGUUUGUUCAUAUGUUUAAGUGGCAAAAAAUCAAAAUACAACCAAAAAAUGCCUGAAAUAGUGUUUGAGAACUUGAGAGGCACAGCCAAUUGCUGCUGGAUCCAAUCCCAAAUGUAUAAGUGUGUCUUGAUUGAGCACAAUGCCUAAUCCCUCCUUACUCCUGAUCGGCACGCAUACACCGAUUCACUGUAAGCUGUGUGAAUGAGUGUCUCAAUGACUCGAUUAAAGGAAAAGGGCUGUAGACUAUUAUUUCCUUGAUGUUUAUUGUGUGUCGUCUUUGUGACUUUACUUUACUACUCAAGGAUGAUGAUGUUUAAAUGAUAACGCUCACAAACCCUCCAACACCACACACAUCCUCAACCUCUGCAUUUAACCAAUGAUCUCUAGAAAGACAACUUCAUCCCCAACAACCUUGGGAUGAAAUAAUUCUAAACUCUUACAAAAGUUACAUUUAGUUUGAAAUCUAUCUCUGGUUGGCGGUAAGCUCCCGAGCUGAACAGAGCUGAGUCUGAGACUGCACAAAGUCAACAUGAGAUGCUGGUACUGUAUAAAUACAUUUAUUGCAAUUGUCAAACUUCUAUUUGCACAAAAACACAAUGCAAAACAUGUUUGGUCAUUUGUAAAAAUGUAUAAAACAUGAGUAGACUAAUUAACAUUUACCGUCACCAUUUUACUGACAUUUCGACCUGAACAUUGGAGAUGAAGAAGACUGUUUUGGAAUGGCUGAACAUACCGUCAGUGUGUUCCUGAGUCCACAUGCAGAUCUAGUAAUCACGGUUCUGCAUGGAGCAGAUCUAGAACGCGCGGUUCUGCAUAGAGCCAUGCUGCUUCUGAAGGCAUCACUGUAUAUUUGGUUAUGCAUAUUAACAUUGAAUAAAUCUUGCAAAGAGUUUGUAUAGAUGGUGCUUGUUCAAGCCGUUGAGAUAUCGCACUGCAGAAGGAAAUCAGAUGGAGAAUGCGUGCAUUUUAAUAUUCUCCCUUGUUGAUCAUAAAUAACAAAAAAGGCUGAGAAAACAGCGUGACAUUUGUUUUAAUGACUAAUAUUACGUUCAUUAAAUAUCCUGUUUAGAUUGUUAGUUUAACCUGUGCUGUGCUCUUGGCAAAUGGCUCAGAAAUCCGACCUCUUGCUUUUAUAUAGAAGUGUGUUAUUAGUUUGGAGCCUGCUUCAGACGGCCAGGAGGUUUUCCAGCAGACGUGUGCGGAGAUACGAUCCUCUCUGGAGGCCUGCAGCACAUUCAAUCAUGAAGGCACAUCACAUAUUCAGAAACAGGAGGCAGAAAGAGGAGCGCUAAUUGCUAGUUUGAAUCACUGUGUUAUUACGUAUCUGCCCAUAAUAACAUACAAUCAUCAUGGAAAAUCAAGACUCAAAAAAGGGG